UCGCGCUCUUACCGUAAUACCUAGUAUAGCUAUGGCUUAUAUGACCAUGUAUAUGACCAUCUUUUCCCAAGUGUUCGCUUUUCUGUCGGCUUUUGGGAGAAGUGUGCCUUCAUCACUUCCUGUUGGAGAGGGAUUUCAUGAUUAAGUUUCGCUUCAAGAUGAACAGAUUUCUGACAGAAAGGGCUUCCUGGCAGAAGCGCAGUGGUCAGACCCAAGACGUUGUUGGAUAACCAGGCAAAACGGUAGCUAUGUUUAUGAUUUAGCUACGAGCCGAGCCAUAAUGGCCAGGUUGAGCCCGCGUUUACAGGACCAGUUAUUUGUCUUUUAUCGGCUAUGAGUGUGGGUGAUGGAGGACAGUCAAUGCGGGGAUCUGGACUACCUGAUCCAAGAUGAGGACACCCUCAUUGAAGGUGUCAGCAACCAAGUCUUAUUUGUUGUGGUGCUAAGUGUCACCUUCCUCGCAGGCCUCCUCACUCUGCUCUUCAGACAAGAAGAGCAGAACAUCCAUCCAGAGAAUCAGGAGCACGUUCGAGCCGUCCGGCAACAACUCCAAACAGAACAGGAUGAAAAUCCUCAGGCGGAGGCCAGGCAGCAGUAUUACACGGACAUGUCUUGUCCUGUGUGUUUACAGCAGGCUGUUCUGCCUGUGGAAACCAAUUGUGGACAUCUUUUCUGUGGCUCCUGCAUUAUAGCCUACUGGAGGUAUGGCACAUGGCUGGGUGCUAUUAACUGCCCCAUCUGCAGACAAAUGGUAACGUUGCUCUUCCCACUAUUUCAUGAGCAUGCCAGUCCUCAGAGGGUCCAAGAUGGCGAGGCAGAACCCCAGCUGAUAUUAUCAGACAUUAACGAUUACAACCGCAGGUUCUCAGGCCAGCCAAGAUCUUAUAUGGACAGGCUGCGAGAUGUGCCCACCCUGCUUCGUCAUGCCUUCAGGGAGAUGUUCUCUGUGGGUGGCCUCUUCUGGAUGUUCAGGAUUCGAAUUCUUCUCUGCCUAGUGGGAGCACUCACCUACCUGGCCUCGCCGCUCGACAUCCUCCCUGAGGCACUUUUCGGCCUCCUGGGAUUCAUGGACGAUUUCUUUGUGAUCCUGCUUCUCUUUGUUUACAUCUCUAUCAUGUACAGAGAGGUGGUUACACAAAGACUGAAUGGCUAGGUGUUGACUCAUAAAAGUCGCCUUGGCUUGCUCGUACCAGAAUCGGAAAGAGUGAACGCAGCAUCUGAGGUGGACAUUGACAGUUGAUCAAUAAUGCUGGUUCUCUCAGAGAGGUUUACUUUGAAUCCUGAGAUGUGACUUAAUCAUCGGAGAGGGGUGAACUCUGAAUGUUGACUCUGUGUAUAGAAAUCAUAAAGGUUCAUAGACUGAAUGACAUAGAGGCGAACAACAAUACGGCAUAAGGAUGGCUGCGUCUGGCUCUAUCAGACUCUGCAGUAGGCCUGGGAAAUUGUUUUGGUCCAUUCACUUGAACGACCAGAAUUACUGCCAGCCAAUUCUAUGACAGUAUUGCCAAAAGCAGGUAUUUGGUCAAUGUGCAUAUCAUCAUAAUGGAGACAAUUGUGUAACAUAACGUGAUCUUGAAUGUACUGUAUUAAUGGCAGUGUCUUGAUUAUGUGCAUUUAAAGAAUUUGUUUUACUGGAACCACCUUACUGCGACUACUACAGCCUGUCUGGCCAAUUAAACUGAUGAUGCACUUAUUUCAGUAACCUAUGCAUAUUCAUAAUGACUUGAAAGGCACUUUUCAUGCUUGUGUGGAACUCACUGAAUCAUUUUACUCCCAGCUGUUUACAUUUAUUGAUCAGUUGCUGAAAUCUCAACCUUUCUGCAUGUGUCCAUGUGAACUGACGACGCACAGGACAACCUGACUGUUGCAUGAUAACUCCUCAGUUGGCAGAUAAUUGAUCCUAAAAAGAAGGCAACCCUAAGGUGUCAAAGAGCACUUAAAGGUCAUGUUGAAUGUAAACUUGCUCAACUUGUGAAUGUUUACUUACCUUGCCACUUAAAAGAUAAUGGGGAGUUUGGAUGUUUGUCUUCUGUGCAGAUCUUACAGUCUUAAUCAGGCUCAGUCACAAGACUUUUUAGAUUCUCCAAUACAUUUUUGGAAC